AGCUACAUCCAAUCCAAAACCAGUGGGUCCUUUGGACAUUUCUGCUUCUAAAAAGAUCUCCUUCCAGUAAUAGUAUGCAGCCUUAGGAGAAGCGAAGCUGUCUUCUAAUUCUCUCGAGUCCAUAGCUUUUGCUCUUCAUCUCUCAUGAUCACAAUGCUUGCAGCUAGUUCUGUAGUGAACAGCAACCUUGCUUGCUCAUCAAGGAUAUCAUCCUGUUCGGAUUUCACAUCUGGCCAUUCAUGGCGUCCCAUAGAGGCUGUGAAACUCCAUCGUCGUGCUGUGAGCUCAAUACGUAUAAGUUGUGCUGCUACUAAACCUGCAAAGACUCCUGCUGAAGAAGAAUGGAAAGUUAAGCGGCAACUUCUAGCGGAAAAGCGGGUACGCAGUGUUGAUGUGAAGGAAGCACUGCGCCUUCAAAAGGAAAACAACUUUGUAAUUCUUGAUGUCAGGCCAGAAGCAGAGUUUAAAGAGGCUCAUCCACCUGGUGCCAUCAAUGUACAAAUAUACAGAUUAAUCAAGGAAUGGACAGCAUGGGAUAUUGCAAGGCGUGCGGCGUUUGCGUUUUUUGGCAUAUUUGCUGGAACAGAAGAGAAUCCUGAAUUCAUACAGAGUGUUGAUGUGAAGGUUGGGAAAAAUGCGAAGAUAAUUGUGGCAUGUUCUACAGGAGGGACACUGAAGCCAACGCAAAAUUUCCCUGAUGGGAAGCAAUCUCGGUCCUUGAUAGCUGCGUACCUGUUGGUCCUGAAUGGAUACAGCAAUGUGUACCAUCUGGAAGGAGGGCUUUACACAUGGUUCAAAGAAGGGCUACCUGCUGUUGAAGGAGAAGAAUGAGAAGGGAGACUUAUUACGACAUAGUGUUCACAUGCUGGUGACUGGAGUUGCGAGGAGAUUUCUCCUGCCAAUGCGAUGACCUGCCAGUGUGAUGAUGUCCUAGAUUUCUCGUGGCGCCUUUGUUGCCCGAACUGUCAGUGUUUUAUACUUGAGUAUGACAAUUCGAUGACUAUUAGCUUUGACCAAUAAAGUGAGCAGAAGCAUAGUUUCGUUUGGAUCUCGAGCUUAAACUAUCUUCUUCUAGUGAUAGAGCUGCUGAAUGAGAUUUUCUUUGGGUUUUGUUUGUCCCACCAA